AUCAGUGUACUCGAUGAGUACGUGGUGGUAGUUAAAAUGAGUCCCCGCCGUACAGGUUUGCUCAUUUUGUUAUUUAAUUUAUAUUUAUUUGUGACAGAAAUUGUCGCUGAAGACAUUCUAGGAUGCGGGGGAUUCGUUAAAAGUCAUGCUGACAUCGACUUCGCCAAAGUUCAUAUAAAACUAUAUACCAAGGCUGGAAGUUUGAAGGAUGAAACCGAGUGCGCUCCAAAUAAUGGAUACUACUUCUUACCUCUUUACGAUAAAGGAGAAUAUGUUCUCAAAAUCGAACCCCCCAGAGGAUGGAGUUUUGAACCCACUGAAUUCAAUAUGAAUGUUGACGGAGUCACCGAUUUAUGCAGCCUAGGCAAAGACAUUAACUUCACCUUCAAAGGCUUUGGGAUAACAGGAAAAGUUACAAGUGAUGGCUCUCAUUCUGGGCCUAAAGGAGUUACCGUUUCAUUAUUUACGGAGAAGAACAGUGAAUCUCCUGUGGACACAACAGUCACUGCUGAUGGAGGCACAUUUUACUUCACUCCGAUCCAACCUGGCAAAUAUAUUCUACUCGCUUCACAUCCUCAAUGGCUGAUUGAAAAAUCCAAAGUUGAUGUUACUGUCAGAGAAGGAAACACUGAAUUGCCUGACAAUAGUUUAGUCGUUGCUGGCUAUGAUGUUAGUGGACGAGUUACUAGCGAGGAUGAGCCGAUGAAUGGGGUCUCAUUCAUUUUGUUUGGGAAUGGAAAGGCCCGAAACUGUGCGACUACGCCAAUCAAGGGAUUUGAGGCUAAAAGACCAUUGUGUCAUGUUCUCUCUGACAAAAAUGGACGAUUUACUUUUCCUUCUCUAUCAUCUGGUGAAUACAGUAUUGUGCCACAUUAUGCCGGAGCUCAGACAAAAUUCGAUGUCCAGCCAACCGAGUUGGCAUUUAAAGUCAACUAUGAGAGUGUAAUCCUCUCUCAGGAAUUCAAGAUAACUGGUUUCACAAUAAGUGGAAUUGUCUUUGCCUCAACACAAGGUGGUGGCUUGAGUGGAGCCAAAAUUUAUCUGAACAAAAAACACGUUGCUACUGCUAACAAGGAGGGUUAUUACAGAGUUGAUAACAUGAAAGCUGGGCAGUAUGUUUUCGAAGUCGAAGCUGACCUAGUACAGUUUGAAGAAAAGGUGGUCAAAAUAUCACCGAAUUCUCCAGAAUUACCUUCAGUAGCACCUUCCGCCUAUAAAGUUUGUGGAACAGUCACGCUUUCCAGUAAAGGAACAUUGCACCAUCGCAAGGUUGCUGUGCAAAAAGUUGCUUCUACAUUCCAUGAUGAAAUUCAAACUAAUCCCAAGACAGGAGAAUUUUGCUCAUAUCUCGGCCCAGGCAAAUAUCAAUUCAGCGUUUCUGUAACUAACGAAGAAAGCUCAAAAGGCUUGCAAUUCUACCCGCUUCAAUAUGAAGUUGAUGUUUCCACUGAGCCCAUAAGUAAUAUUAAAUUCCUGCAACUAAAAGCAACACUUGUAGGGAAAGUUCAGUGUUUGAGAAAUACCGACUGUAGUCAAGCAUCUGUUACUCUAAAAGUACUCGAUGGCGCAACUGUAAAGACAGUGCAGACUAAAGGUGGAAUAUACAAAUUUUCGGACGUCCUACCUGGUCAUUACGAAGUACUCAUAGACACGGAUGUCUUCUGUUGGGAAAGUUCUAGCCACAAGAUUUCAGUAACCUCAGAACAUGCGGAGGUGCCGCAGUUCAAACAAACUGGAUUCUCUAUAACUUUUAUUUCUUCUCACGACACCGCCGUCGAGUUCGCCGAUCCAAAGAGUUCUGAAAAAAUCACCUUGACCCUACCCAAAGGAAGCACUAGGCAUUGCGCCUCUACACCUGGUGAAUACCAGUUUGUACCAAAAAGCUGUCACGUUUAUGCAAGAUCUGCCUAUACUUGGGAUACAAGUAGCUUGUCGCCAGUGAUAUUAUCGUCGACUGAACAUAGUCACAAAGGAAGCAUCAUCAGCUCGGACGUUGUUAACGGGCUGAAGGUGCAAAUCGAGGGCACUGGAGAUCCUACAAUCUUGGGCCCUUUGAAACCAGUAAAAGAAGGGGAUUUAUAUAAAUACGAAUUCGAAUUCAAUGCAAAUACUGACAAUGAAUACGUCAUCACACCUCUAUCAGAUAUCCUCCUGUUUACUCCAUCAUCUACCAUGGUGCUUGGUGAAAACGAUUGUAAGGAUGACGUUGCAGUAUUUACUGGUGACAUGGGAAAAAUUGUAAGCGGCAGCAUUGUUCCUUCACUCGAAGGAGUGAAGAUCCAAAUCUUUGGCAAAGACAAAAGUGCACCAGUGCAAACGCUGGUAACUCAAAAGGAUGGCUUAUACAGAGUUGGCCCCCUUGGAGGAAAAGUUGAUUAUAGCGUGACUGCUGAAAAAGAUGGAUAUGUCAUUACUGGCCCUGAUGCAAGUGGAAAAUUUACAGCACAUAAACUAGCUGAGGUGAUUGUGAGCGUUUCAGAUCAGGCUAACAACGCACCAUUGCAGGGUGUACUCUUGUCCCUUUCCGGCGGACAGAGUUAUCGUAAGAAUAGUGUAACCGGUGAAGAGGGCCAGUUAAUUUUCAACUCUCUAUCUCCCGGCGAAUACUACCUACGCCCCAUGAUGAAAGAAUAUCGAUUCGACCCACCGUCAAAAAUGAUCAAUGUAGCGGAAGGUGCUACGGUUAAAGUUGAAUUAUCUGGUAAUCGAGUCGCGUUUAGCGCAUACGGAAUCGUAACUUCACUGAAUGGGGAACCAGAACAAGGUUUAUUGGUCGAAGCUGUCGGGCAGACAGAUUGUGCCUCUUUUCAGGAAGAAGCAACAACUGAGGAGAACGGAAACUUCCGCAUCAGGGGUCUUCAACCUUCUUGUAUCUAUGCGAUUCGUCUGAAACCUAAUACAGAUGCAAACGCUCAUAUACAGAGGGCAACCCCAAGCUCUGUCGCGGUUCAAGCUACCGAAGACAUACAUGGCAUACGCCUCAUCGCCUUCCAUCCUAUCUCACGAACUGACCUAUCUGUUCACAUUGAAGCUGCUCAUCCCGAACAUUAUCGAACUUUGAAAGUGAAACUCUGCAGAGAAGACAUGCCUGAUUCGCCCAUUCUUGUCUCGAAAUUAGACAGCCAACACACUUCGAAAAUUGGUAGUAGUUACAACUCAGGAUUUCUAAUUCAUUUCCCACCAUUGCAAGCGGACAACCGAAAGUAUUUUGUUCAAUUGGAAUCAUCACUGUCACAAACGUCACACAAGUACAAAACUGUUCCAAUAUAUUUCGAGGCGAACUCGUCUUUCAAGCACAUCAAGUUGUUCUUUAAUGCUGAGAGAAAAGUCGACCAGGGUGACGUCAAUCAAACAUCAGUUGUGGCAUUGCCUCUAAUUAUGCUGGUAGCGCUGGCAUUUUUGAACCGAGAAAAGUUAUGGAGUUACCUGACAACGUUGGUUGAAAAGUGGACCAAACCAGUACCGACCUCUAGAUCACCGGUUCAGACCAUUCCCAUCGAUCCUGGUGUAGAUAUCAUUGUUGAGCAGAUAAUGAACAUAAAUAAACGAAAAGUGAAACCACGAAAAUUAUAACUCAAAUGUUAGUGAUGCCAAUUCGCGAAAGUUGAACAAUUUGAACAAAUAAUACAUGUAUAUAUCCAUAAUUCUAUGUAUGCAAUGCAAAGUGCAUUUCAGCUCUGGUCCAAUGAUAACUGACCAACAUCAUAAACAUUUGUUGCAUCUUUUUUUAAGAUGAGCCAUAAUUAAUCAAGUUUUGGAAAUCUUCCUAUUCCCUAAUUCGCUGACCGAGACAUACUGUUCUCGCAGAGAUAUAUUGUUUUUUCAUCUUGGAAGUAGGAGUGGUCUAUUGAAUACUCAACUCAUUCCUGACAUUCAAAAUACUGGAGGGAUAAAUUUAGACAUCCAGUGAGACCAACUUGAAUAACUAAUUAAACAACAGUCAGAGAUAAUAUCUAGACUUUAGAAGUCCAACAUUGAAAAUUAAAUGUACGAUAAAAAUGAAUUGUAAAUUAUUGCUCACGAUGCAGCGAGCGUAGUAUAUCAACUGCGUCAAACGUGUGAGGAAAAUUCGAAUACGUAUUUUAUCACCCAGUAUUUACACGAUUGUAACUGUCUCCUCAUAAUUAGCGUAAAAUAUACAUACGAUUCCAUA